AUGAAGAAUAUAUUAUAUUCAAACAUUCAAUAGUAGCCAGCAUAUAAUGAUAUAGUCAAGAAAAAUUAAAGAGAAUCUAAAUUAAAAGAUAUGUUGAAGAGUAGUCCCAUAUCAAACUAAAAUUAAAAAGUAUCCUCAAGAUCUUCAACUCCUUCAAAAAGAAAUAAUUUAUCAAGCACAGGAUUCCAUUAAUAAUCAGGGAGUAAAUAAAACUUAAAAAACAAUAACAAUGAAAGCAGCUAAGAUCCUAUUUCUUAUUAUAAGAAGUAAACUAAAAUGUUAAAAGAUUAACUCAAAGAUAAAGAAAACUAAAUAAAUUAAUUGAAAGCAGAUAAUGAUCAUUUACGCACAUUAAACACAGAAUAUGUCAAAUCAAUUAAUGAUGUAAUUCACAAAAAAGUAGAAAGCAUGGAACAUAUUGUCAUUGAUAAAGCUCUCUUUGAAGGCCCUACUUUUAAAUCAGACACCAAAAAGGUGAUUUAAAAGUUAGAAUAAAAUUUAGAAAAAGUAGAAGCACAGUUAAAAUCCUUCAUUAAGCACUGUAGAAUUAUGGAAGCUGAUAUUGAAGUUUAUAAAAAGAAAAUAAUAGAUGCAGAUUACAUUUUGUAAGGCUUAAAGAAAACUGGUGAAUUUUCAAUAGACAAUCUUGUCUAUAGGUUAAAGUAUAACGAUGAUAGAAUUUAAGAGCUGGAAGCAGAAAACAGACAACUUUAGUAUGAAAAUUGUUUGAAUGUUGAGAAACUAAGAAACUUUGAUCUAAAAUAUGGAGAUAUAGAAAUGAAUUAUGAAGAUUGCAAGUAGGAUUACCAAGACCUCAUUAUAAAACACAAUAGAUUAAUAAGUGAAAGCGAAGCUAGAAAAAAUAGUGAUUAAAGAACUAUUUAUGAACUAAAGUGCAAGAAUGAUAUCUUUGAGCAUGAAUUGAGAACCUUUUAAAGUACUAUUGAAUCUUAAGUUUAAGAAAAAAUAGAAUCAACAAUAAAAGCAACUGAGUAAUCAAUAAAAAAUGAAACUUUAAGAAGUACAUUUAUGAGCUCUAAAAGAGGUUCUGCUGGAGGCCAUGGAGGGUUUAGUGUAUAAUUCAAAUAGUUUUGA